CGCCAGGGGGCAGGGAAAGGAACCGGAGAGACACGAGCACGCGGGACUCGGACACACACACACACCUAAGGGGGAAGAACAGAGAGAGAGAGAGAGAGAGAGAGACUAACACACACACACACACACACACGUCGCUGUAACUGAACAACCGGCGCGCGAGACCGCUUCACUCCGAACGUCUGACCCGGUCCUCGAUGUCACACACGCAGCCGCUCCUGUUACAGCACCAUGGAAACUCAGCUCCGUCCCGGCCCCUCCCCCCACGUAGACUCGGACACCCUGGACGACAUCCCGGAUGCAGGAAGCAGCGGGGCUCGUCAGGGCCGGGUCGCCAAACCCAAACCCGGCGUGAGCUGCAGACGCAAGCGCGAGUUCAUCUCUGACGAUCACAAAGACGCGUCGUACUGGGAAAAACGCCGCAAGAACAACGAAGCCGCCAAGCGCUCGCGGGAGAAGCGCAGGGUCAACGACAUGGUGCUGGAGAACCGGGUGAUGGCGCUCAAUGAGGAGAACCUUCGCUUGAAGACGGAGAUUCUGCAGCUGAAGCUCAGGUUCGGACUCAUCAGCGCCGCGUCCCACACGGAGAAAUUGUCACGUGUCAGCAGCGCCACUACAGAACAUCAAGUUUUCCUGAGCACUCACGCCCUGAUGAACUCGGACUCGUCAGAGGCGGAGAAAUUUACUCAGAGUGAAUGUCAGGUGUUGUUAUCCAACUGUUCCUCUCAAGGUUCUCUGUCCGAUUUCUCAGACAGAUCAUCUCCGGACUGUCUUGAGCCUCCGAAUUACAAGCUGAAGCCUGAAAGCAGCGACGUUCACGAGCAAGCACAUCAAAGCAACGUGCAAGAACAGCAACCUGCUUCUAACCAGAGGAGCGUGAUUCUGUACAGCAGCAGCUCAAAGGUCUCUCAGAACCAAGCAGAUCCAAAGCUUGUCGUUCCACUACGACCUUACGCUUUAGAGACGCUCUCAGAAGUGGCUCAGCAGCUUGCGAGCAGAUCACUGGACACAGAUGUUCACCACAACCUUCCAGACCAUCAUCUUCCGGACGAAGCUUAUCCCCAGAACAUCUGCCCAACUAAUCCACCAGCACUCACCCACAAGGACCACCUGAGACACGACAGGUUCCCCUGUAAGGACACGUCCUCGAGUGAUGGAGAUCCUCACAGCUCAGACAAGGAAGCGUCCACCGAUGACGAGUCUCUGUCGUCUUUGUCCUCAGAAACCAGUCGGAGAUCACACGCUGGUCAGAACAGAGGAGACGUUAAAGCAGCAGCGUUACCGCACAAGCUGAGGCUCAAACACCGAGCUGUGUGUAAGGAGGAGACGAGUCACGACGCUUCAGUCUCUUCAGGAUGUCGGCAGUCAGGAGACAACAUCUGUCAGUGUGCAGACGUACCUCCUGAACCUUCUCCAUGCAGGAGACUAAAGUUACGAGGAGGCGGGAACAAGAACCCUGACUGAGAUGGCUGCUAUGGUUCCACAGAGUCUCCGAUCAUCUCUGCAGCUCUUUGUGCUUUUUAAUAUUUUGUUAAACCUUUUUAGACGAUGCUGGGUUACAGCUCCACCUGCUGGAGGAGGUUCCUUCGGUUCCUCACGCUGUAGCUCAGACUCCAUGUGCUGUGAUGAUCUCAGAUCUUCAGAAACUGCUUGAAGGAAAGCUUAAGUGCACUACAGUCCACGUCACCUUCCAGCACUUGAUCUACUUCAGCACUCUCUCACCUUCGCCAAGAGCAUCAUGUAGGGAAGAAAGUCGAGGGCGCUAAACAGAAUUUCUGCGACCGGUUACAAAGGAUUUACGUCUAAAUGAAGAAGCGAGGAGUGACGUAGAGCAGAUCCUGCUGUCCCUCUUUUAACACUAAUGCAAUGUCUUACAUUCUCUCUCACACACACACACACACACGAGGGUGAGACUGGAGUUGCACUUACUUGCACUAUUUUCCGAUAACGUUAAGUAAAAACACUUUAUCAUAUUCACACGACAUCUCCAUCUGAAUGUACAGAAAUAAUCAGACGUGACUUUAGAACAAUCUUUCGGAUCCCCACGUUGAUGCUAACAGGUGAGCAGCGUCUUGUGGGUGAGAUAGAUUAGCACUACAUCGCUUCUGAAACUAGCAUCUGAAAGUGCGAUUAAAUAACACUAAUCAUGGUCAACCUUUGUGUGUGUGUGUGUGUAAGAGAUUGACAUGCCAUACUUGGCCUUGUUUUCAGACUGAAUUAGCAAGGUGAGCUAACUCUCCUAGCUGUGUACACUCAGCACACACACACACACACACACACACACACACGCACACUCCAGCGCCCCCUGCUGCCUCCUCCUGAGCGCUGCGUUUCCUCCUGACGUCUCUGUACAGCUUUACUGAGACACGAGGAGACGAGUCCAGCGCCGGUGCGAACCGGAGACCCGCUGCACGUCACGCUCCGUCCCCUCAGACUGAGGAAGCGUCCAAGUCCGGCGUGUGGAUUUAUUCACAGAGUCAGAUCUAAUUAGUGUGGGAUUGAAACCACAUUAAUCGAUCUCCUGUGCGCGGGAUUAGAGCUAGUGGGAGGAAAAAGGCUAAAGGUACCAUGUGACCCAGCACCAGGGGGCGGUGUCGCUCUGUCACAAAGUGACCGCCAGAAAAUCAACACAAAGUCCUAAAGCUACAGGACAUGAAUGUGUAUCGGGGUCAAUAUGGGCUCAAUAAACAAAUAAUAUUAAAAAAAGAGUUAGAAGGGGGGGGGGAUUUCUGAAUUUUGAGAAAAAAAGUGAUAAAUUUACGAGAAGAAAAUGAGCUAAAAUAAGAAGUAUUUCUUUGUUUCUAAUUCCAAGGGAUAAGUAGAGUUUGAUAAGAUCUUCCACUAAAACAAGUGACGUCGGUUUUGCAAAGUGUCUACUGUCCGCGGUUUCCUUCCUUCAUAGGAAAAAAAAAAAAGAUUUUUAACACAAAAAAAAAUUCUUGUAAAUUUUUGGUUUGUUUUUUGUUAGUUAAAACUGGAACAUUUUAAGAUUUUGUUUUAUACUGUGAAAUUCCCUGCCCCGCCCUUUCCAGGUUUAACCCCAUAUCAGCCCCAAUACUAACACGAGUCACAUGACGCCUUUUUAAACACAGAAUAAAUGAUUUUAUAAAUUCUGACCUGAAUAAAUAUUCAUAAGCACUUAAAGAUGUAAUUAAACAUAAACUGUUUUAAAGACAUUUCACACAAUUUCACUUUUAAAACGUUGAAGAAUCUCAAAGAAUAAAAACCUUUAGCUCGAUUUCCUGUUAAACCUCGAGGCACAAAAACAUGGAGUUUAAUGAGACAUGAGACACACACAAGUGUGUGUGUGUGUGUGAGAGUGAUACAACUAGACAGGUAAUUAUUCUAAAAUUCUUGUUCUUCUUCAGUUUCACUUUCUUAUGGUUAAUUCAGAUCCAAAGGUACCAAACCCGAGGUUCACGUCCUGCUCUGGGGUCAUGUGACACGUAACACACACAGAUAUCUGUAAAAUAUUCAUCAUCAUCAUCAUCAUCAUCGUUACAGAGUAAAACACUAAACCCUUCUCUUUACACUUAGUCUAAAUACUGCAGUUAAAUCUGUUUCUUUUAUUUUACUUUUGCUCUUGUCUCACUAUAAACAGUGUGUGUGUGUGUGUGUGUGUGUGUGUGUGUGUCUUCAGAUUGAUUAUUUAAGUCACAUGUUUAUAAACCUAAAUCCCAAAGUAAAGUCAUACUCCUGUUUAGUUCUGAUCAGUGACGUCAGUGCGCAUUAGACUCUAAACUCUGGUUCCGUCUCAGACUCGCGUCUGUCUCACGUCUGUCUCACGUCUAAUCGGUUUUAUAAACAGAGACGAGUCCUUAAAUCACAGACUGAUACAAAUGGAAUAAAAAAAUCUGAAGAAAAACUAUAAAGGUCAUCUUACCUGCAUACAAGAAUAUCAGAGGGUUGACACACACACAGAGGACACAACAUUAGAGAGACUGAGUCCUCUAUGCCCCCUCCUCCCCCCCAGUGAACCACACUGGUGACCUCUUGUGGACAGAGGGGGAAAGUGCAGCUAAUCCUGGCCUCUGAUUGGUCAGCGGGUGUUGAUUAAUUCUCUGUAACAGCAGCUCUAUAGGAAUGCCUUUCUGUUUCCAUAGUAACGGCUCAUUCACAGGUUGUGUACAGCGCAUGCGCCGCUGAUCAUGAACAGAUUAAUCGGUGUGUUAUUGUUGAUGUUUUGGAAGAUCAGUGUAAGGAGUCUCCAGUGCGAGCGCUGUGUAACAGUAAAGCUGGAGCCGUGAUCUUUGUCAUUUCAGUCACAUGAUGCACCAAGCUGUGUGUGUAGCUUUACUGACUUUAGAGACAGAGGAAAGAGUGUGUGUAGCUGCUAUAACGCAAGUGACAACAGGAACUCGAGGAUUUGAACGACAUCACAUGACAUUAAACGUAACUAUGGAGUUAAAGAGAUGGAGUCGCGUGAUGCGUGAACACUUGGGGAUGUGAAGGAAAAUAAUCCUCGUCAAUCUGCUUCUGUGAUUAGUUUCUCAUGUGUGUGUGUGUGUGUGUGUGUGAUCUGUUUAAACGCAGAGCUUGAGCCGUGUAACUGUUCCAGUGUGUGAUGUUUAUGUAAAGUUUAGUGACUGAAGUGAAUCCGGCGCCGAGGACUUUAACCCCGAGGUGAUGUGAGAGACAGGAGAAGAGACACACACACACUCUUAAGACAUGUGGGCAUCCAGCGCAUCUAUUGAUUUUACUCCUGAUUUUACACUACCUCAUCAAGCUCACACACGUGUGUGUGUGUGUGUGUGCAUGAGACGUGUGUUUAACGUGUGUUGCGUCCACUACAUGUGCAGCUUUGAGCUUAAUGACAUCAGUGACGUGAAGUUAAACCUCAGAGCCCGGAGCGACACCAGCAAGCAUCACACACACACACACACACACACGCACACACACACCCUCCUCACUGGUGCAAAGUUUCUUAUAUGAUCUAUUUGGAUUUUUUUACAUUGUUGUAACUUUUUAUAUUUAAAUUGUUCUAUAUUUCUCACAUAUGCUGCAGUCUCGUGUUUCGCUGCCAUGUGUUAAAAAGGACAAAA